ACGAGAGCACAACAGGACGCCUCUCUGCAUCCACAGGUUGGCGCGCGGUUCUCUCCUCCUCUCAGAGCAUCUUAGCCCAGACCUUAAGACCGCAGCCGGUGGAGAUGAAGUAAUGAGUUGUUAGAGGACGCCUUUUGGAUUAACGGUUUACGCUUGGACUGCAUGUUUUGCACGUGAGCUAAAAAUGCCAAAGCCUUGGGAGAAGUCAAUCAUAACCUGCCCGAACAAUUUGCUUGUGUUGCGCAGGACUUUUCUGUCGUAAAAAAAUAUCGUGACAACGUUGCUUUUAGACCGAGGACUGUGCGUUUUUUUUUAUUCGACGCUAACCAUGCCACAGGUCCCUCGCUGCAGCUGCACAACGGUGACAAUAGCAGCAACAUAAUGGCAUGUAGGAGCGGCUGCUGCUGCGGCUCCGGUCCCAUAAACGAGGAUAACGCGAGGUUUCUGCUGCUGGCGUUGUUCAUCGUCAUUUAUCUCCUCUGUGGAGCCGCAGUCUUCUCCGCACUGGAGCAGCCGAUGGAGCGCGAGGCCAAGGUGCGCUGGGCGCAGAGGUUCGAGCAGUUCAGCCACAAGUACAACCUGAGCAAGAAAGACCUGAAUAACUUCCUCAGGAACUACGAGGAGGCGAACGUGGCGGGCAUCCGCGUGGACACAAUCAGACCUCGAUGGGACUUCACCGGCGCUUUUUACUUCGUGGGAACUGUGGUGUCAACCAUUGGGUUUGGGAUGACCACUCCUGCCACCAUUGGAGGAAAAGUCUUCCUGAUGUUCUACGGCCUGCUCGGCUGUGCAGCCACCAUCCUCUUCUUCAACCUCUUUCUGGAGCGUGUCAUCACCGUCAUCGCCGUCGUCCUCAAGUCUUGUUACCAGCGACGCCAUAACAAAGCUGUGCUCACAACGAAUGGCCGGCAGGACUCUGAGGGAAACAGAGCAGGCGAAGUUGGAGGAAGUGGAGGAAGAAAAGGGGAAGAUCUGGCCGGCUGGAAGCCUUCGGUCUACUGUGUCAUGCUCAUUCUAGGAGCGGCGGCCAUCUUGGUGUCCUGCUGUGCCUCGCUCAUGUACUCGGCGGCCGAGGGCUGGGGCUACCUGGACUCGCUCUACUUCUGCUUCGUGGCCUUCAGCACUAUUGGUUUUGGAGACAUGGUGAGCAGCCAGCGGGUCGUCUACGAGGGCCAAGCCACGAUCGCGUAUCGCCUGGGCAACUUCUUCUUCAUCCUCACCGGCGUCUGCUGCAUCUACUCCCUCUUCAACAUCAUCUCCAUCGUCAUCAAGCAGGUCCUCAACUGGCUGCUGAGGAGGCUGGAGGCCCCCUGCCGCUGUUGUUUCCCCAGGAGGGGACACCACCCGCACCGGCACCCCCGGCGGAACGUGGUGGCCCCGGGUCACCUGCGCUCCCGCAGGGACCCCUCCAUUGAGACAGACGCCAUCAACGAGAGCGAGACUGACAAUGGGCGCAGGAUGUCAGGGGAGAUGAUCUCCAUGAGGGACUUCCUGGCAGCCAACAAGGUGAAUCUGGCUAUUAUGCAGAAGCAGCUUUCAGAGAUGGCCAUCGGGCACCCGCGCCAGUCCAGCUCCAAUUCACGUCAGAACGGAUUCUCAGGAGGGGUGGGCGCCCUUGGCAUCAUGAACAAUCGGUUGGCAGAGACGAGCGUGGACAGAUAGGGGAAACAGCGUGAAUCAUUUUUUUAAAGGAUACAAAAAGGCUAAGGGGAUAAGCCAAGUACGGACAAAUUGACACUGAGCCCUGCCUUCCUUAAAAAGAGUUGGUUGGUGUACAAGACAAAAUGUGUGACUACGUAAUUAAUCUAUUCCAUUGGCUACCAUCUCGGCCCACCUCUCCGCGAAGAACAUGGCUCCAUAAAUGAUGCAUGGGGGUUUGCUGGAGUCUCACAUCUGGACCAGGCUCAGUGUGCCGGAAUGUUCCCCUGUGAGGAACUCAGUUUCCAUGGUGAUUAAAAAAAAGCCUGCCUAGAGCCCUUGUAUCUAAGCCUUAAAACAUGAUGCACUACACUCUGCUUCACAUCUAACCAUAACUUCCACUCAUCUACGUAUGCUACUUUUCAAUACUCAAUAUGACUCUGUUAGGCCUACAUAAAGCUGGGUGUAGCACCGAUGAGCCCAAUUCAUGGAAGAUUGACGUUGACCUGUAAUUCAGAAUGCAUCAAUGAUGGUGUCGGAACCAUCAAUGGCACUCUAUUCACAUCCUUUGUGACCACAUGUUUCACAGCCACAUGCCAUUCAAUAGCCUCCAUCCUGGCACUGCCUUCAUUCAUUAUCACAAAA